AUGAGAAUCCUAAAGUAUUUAUGGAAUAAACUAACAAAUACAAACGCUAUACAGUUGGCGAGUGGAAAACUCGAAAUAUAUUUUUUCGAGUCUGUGUAUAGAGUUAUUUACUUUACAGGUAUCUCAGCUUCGGAGCGUGGAAUUCCUUAUUUGAUAUACAGUACAACACUGAAGACAUCGAUGGUGUUAUUGGUGUUUUGCGAACUGUGGAAGUUGUUUACUGUGUCUUUGAAUAUCGAAGUGCUAAUAAAUAGCACGAACUCUAUACUUAUUCAAUGUGUCGCCUACUACAAAUACAAGAUCAUGAGAAAAAAUAAAGAUGUUUUCAAAAAUCUCGCAUCGUCAAUGGAGUCGCGAAAUUUCGACCUUGGCACAAAUGAAAGGAAAAAGAUACUGGACGUUUGGCAAAAGAGGAACGAAGCAUCUUUAAAACUUCUCUUGCUCUUAGGAACCAGUACCCUUAUUUCAUGGUUUAUAUACCCUCUAGUGGAUGACUUGGAAUACAAUCUUGUGGUGGAUGUCAAACUACCCUUUGAAUACCAAACACCGACGCGGUACCCGUUCACAUACAUUGCAAUCCUGAUAAAUUUUUUUUACAUAGCGUUUUUUGUGAUGUCGACUGAUCUCAUCAUGCAAUCACAUUUGAUGCACUUGCUCUGUCAGUUUGCUGUGCUGAAUGAUUGUUUUAGGAAUAUUUCGGUAGAAUGUAAAUUGGUUAUGAAAGAUGAAGUCAUGAACCCAAACAAUGUCAAUUUCAACCAAAAAUUCAGAAGAGAAUACAUACAACGAUUUGGAGAUUUGGUAGAUCAGCACGUUUUUAUUUUAAACAAUACACUCAGACUCCGCGACGUGAUGAGCUCGCCUAUGUUAGCGCAGCUGGUUUGCAGCACGGUGUUAUUUUGUUCUAUUGGUUUUCAAGUCGCUACUGCAGUGAACGUAAAUUUGACUAAAUGGUUUAUGAGUUUGUUUUUUUUGGGCUACAACAUGUUCGUCCAAUAUGUCAUAUGCAGAUGGUGUGAGGAAAUAAAAACUCAGAGUGAAGGGAUCGGCGAAGCUGUGUAUUGCUCAGGUUGGGAAAAUGGUAUAGUAACAGUGCCGGGGGUCAGGACGUCCAUCCUGCUAAUAUUGGCGCGCGCGAACAAACCCGUGCGCCUUUCUGCUGGAGGAAUGUACGACCUUACCUUAGAGGCGUAUGCUACAAUAGUGAAAACUUCUUACAGUGCUCUCACAGUUUUGCUUCGACUUCGAUAA